AGUAGUGACGGAGCUGGUGUAGAUUGACAGCUACGUUGACAGCUACAUUACAGUGGCGUUGCAAGAACCGACUGAGAACGUUCUGGAGAUACCCCAUUUUUGGGCGUCUCGAGUUUUCUCUGCGGGCUCUAGUACCCUCCACCGUAAGGUCGGACUGCUCUUUCGGCACUGUUGCAGUGCCGCUUGGUCUCCACAACCCUAACGUUACUGCUCAUCCACACAACACUUUAUUGCGUCUCUGGGCGACCAGCGGUGUGUUUAUGUCUUUGUUUUGCGAAAACGGUGAGUACCCGGACGACAGGAGCGACGGAUGGGAAAGAGCUGUUGCGCAGCUGUUGGAACCUGUGUGGGGUGAACUUAACCUACAAGCGCAGAGCUUGCAGCCUCAUUGGCAAGACCUUUUUCAUGUCCGAGCCCGAACCCUCUUCCAGUCGUUUAUGUCAUCCCAUCUUCGCCAGACAGAGGAUACCAAAAAUUUGCAGUCCAAGAUCUUUCUAUCAUACUGAUAAAGCCUGCAGCCAGCCAUCAUGUCCGUCAACGUCAACCGCAGCGUGUUGGAUCAGUUCUACCGAUACAAGAUGCCCCGUAUAAUUGCCAAGGUGGAAGGCAAGGGGAAUGGUAUAAAGACUGUUAUAGUCAACAUGACUGACGUUGCCAAGUCUCUGAAUAGGCCUCCCACCUAUCCCACCAAGUUCUUUGGUUGUGAGUUGGGUGCCCAGACCCAGUUUGACGCCAAGAACGACCGCUUCAUCGUCAAUGGGUCGCACGAAGCGAACAAGCUGCAGGACAUGCUGGACGGAUUCAUCCGCAAGUUUGUGCUGUGUCCCGAAUGUGACAAUCCCGAAACUGACCUGCACAUCAACGCCAAGAAACAAACCAUCGGGAACUCCUGCAAGGCCUGUGGCUACAGGGGUAUGCUGGACACGCGACACAAGCUCUGCACGUUCAUCCUCAGGAACCCACCAGAGGACACUGGGUCUGUCAAGAAGAAGGAGAAGAAGAGCAAGAAGAAGGACAAGGAGAACGGCUCCAGUGAUGGAGAAGCCUCCAACCACAACGACAUAGACGCCCCUGAUGCUGUGGACGGUGACGAUGAUGACCAGGACUGGGGGGAAGAGACGACAGAGGAGGCCCAGCAGCGCCGGAUGGAGGAGAUCAGCGCGCAUGCUAAGAACCUGACCCUCAGCGAGGACCUGGAGAAACCCCUGGAGAAGAGGGUCAACCUCUUCUACAACUUUGUCAAGCAAAAGAAGGAGGACGGUGCCGUCGACUCCUCGGAUAAAGAGAUCCUGGCGGAGGCGGAGCGUCUGGACGUGAAGGACACGGCCCCGCUGAUCCUGACAGAGCUGCUGAUGGACGAGAACAUCCGUGACCAGAUCAAGAAGUACAAACGACACUUCCUCAGAUUUACCCACAACAACAAGAAGGCCCAGAAGUACCUCCUGGGGGGCUUUGAGUGUCUGGUGAAACUGCACCAGGCCCAGCUUCUGCCCCGCGUGCCCAUCGUCCUCAAAGACCUGUACGACGCCGACCUGCUUGAGGAGGAUGUCAUCCUGGCCUGGGCUGAGAAGGUGUCCAAGAAGUACGUGUCCAAAGAGCUGGCCAAAGAGAUCCACGCCAAGGCUGUGCCCUUCGUCAAGUGGCUUAAGGAGGCGGAAGAGGAGAGCGAGGGCAGCGGCGCGGAUGAGGGGGAAGAUGAUAACGUGGAGGUGGUCUACUCGUCCUCUGCCCGCGAGCUGAAAGUGGAGAGUGUGACACCAGAGAAGCCCGCUGAGGAAGAGGACGACCUUGACAUCGACGCCAUCUAGAAACAAAACAAGCCUCCACCAACCAGUUUUGGAACAUCAAUUUUGCAUGCCCCUCCCCCACUACCUUCCAGCUUUACCAGAUGAAUCUAUUUACUUUGCGCCUGUUUUAUCAAGAUCGCUAGAUGGAGUGAUGUUUCUAUAUGGGUGGAGAGUAUUUUGUGGUUUAUACUACAGCACUAAAUGCACUGCAUUUGUUUUCUGUGUAUUUUGCCUCCAAUCAAUUAAAGAAUGUUUGCUGCA